AUGCCUUCUAAACAAAGAAAAAUUGCUAUGAUGGGGUACAGAUCCGUAGGGAAGUCUUCUUUGAUUAUACAAUUCGUUGAAGGACAAUUUGUCGAUUCAUACGAUCCUACAAUAGAAAACACCUUCACAAAAUUCAUUCGCCUGAACUCUACUGAGUAUGAAGUAAAAUUAGUAGAUACUGCUGGUCAAGAUGAAUAUAGUAUAUUUCCUCUUCAAUACAGUAUGGAUUUCCAUGGCUAUGUUUUAGUGUACUCUAUAACAUCAAGUAAAAGUUUUCAAAUUGUACAAAUAAUAUAUGACAAAUUAUUAGACAUGGUUGGUAAAAUACAUGUACCAAUCGUCUUAGUAGGAAAUAAGACAGAUCUACAUUUAGAAAGAAAAAUCAGUACAGAAGAAGGGAAACGGUUAGCUGAAAAGUGGAAUGCAGCUUUUGUUGAAACUAGUGCUAAGAGAAAUGAGUCUGUGACAGAUAUGUUCCACGCUAUGUUAUCAGAGAUAGAGAGAUCAGACGGCCAUAUACCAGAAAAAAGUGGGUGUAGUAUUUGUUAA